CGAAAGGGAAAUAAAAGGGAAGCCCCCUUGAUCGCUUCCGUUCUUUCUUGUGUUUUAAUAAAUUUCUUUCCCUCCAAUCUCCUGGUUUCUCCAAAAGCCGUAACGCAGCAGCCAACCCUUACUAGAUUAGUUUCAUGAAUAGAAUUGGGAUUCAGAAAGAGGGAGGGAGAGAGAGAGAGAGAGAAAGGAGGAGGAGGAGGUUUAAUUGGUGCGGUGUUCGGGAAUGGGAUUCUCGACGGACAAUCUGAAGGGAUUCGUGCUGGCGGUGCUGUCGAGCGGGUUCAUCGGCACAAGCUUCAUCAUCAAGAAGAAGGGUCUCAGAAGGGCUGCUGCCGCUUCCGGGAUUCGAGCAGGUGUUGGUGGAUAUUCUUAUCUCUUGGAGCCCCUCUGGUGGGCCGGCAUGAUCACAAUGAUUGUUGGAGAAGUUGCAAAUUUUAUAGCAUAUGCAUUUGCCCCGGCAGUUCUUGUUACUCCUCUCGGCGCAUCGAGCAUAAUUGUGAGUGCUGUGUUGGCUCACUUUAUCUUGAAAGAGAGGUUGCAUAGUCUUGGGAUUUUGGGCUGUGUGAUGUGCAUUGCAGGGUCUGUGGUGAUUGUCAUUCACGCGCCGCAGGAGAAAGCAAUCAGUUCGGUUCAGGAAAUAUGGAAAUUGGCUAUGCAAACAGCUUUCCUGCUGUAUGUGGCUUCGGUUAUUGUAUUGGUCUUUGUGCUAAUUUUCCAUUUUGCCCCAUGCUAUGGGCAUACAAAUGUGUUAGUCUACACGGGCAUUUGUUCUUUGAUGGGCUCUCUCUCGGUAAUGAGUGUCAAAGCUCUGGGUACUUCCCUAAAGCUGACUUUUGAGGGCACGAAUCAGUUAAUUUAUCCCCAGACAUGGUUUUUUAUGCUUGUAGUGCUUACAUGUGUGAUAACACAAAUGAAUUAUCUUAACAAGGCUCUGGACACCUUUAAUACUGCCAUUGUGUCUCCAAUAUACUAUGUGAUGUUCACCACACUUACAAUAAUUGCGAGUGUCAUAAUGUUCAAGGAUUGGGAUGGACAAAGCAUGGGAAGCAUCAUUUCUGAAAUUUGUGGCUUCAUUGUUGUUCUUUCUGGAACCAUUUUAUUACAUGUAAUGAAAGACUAUGACAGAAAUUCAUCAAGAAGUAUGUAUGCAUCAUUAGCCCCAAAUUUGACUACCAGACUUUGUAGUGGAAAUGGGGAGUUGCUGAAGCAUGUUGAUGAGGAGACGGGAUCUUCAGAAGAUAUACUUUUGAGAAGACAAGAGCUCUAUUAGCAACUCGAAACACAGAAUCAUUCUAUGCUAACAUCCAAUACCAAAAUCUCAGUAUGAAGAUUCCAAUCCAGUGACCGAACUUGUAGAAUUUGAGUUGAUUGGCAAUCGAAAACUGAUGAGCAUUCAUACCAUGGUGUUUUUCAUGAACUGCCACCUGGAGGCUUUGAACAGUUGUGCUGAUUGCUUGGUGUGAGGAAGAAAUAAUGGCUGGUCUUCAGCUUUGCAUUCCAAUAUAUACUGAAGUGCUCAGAGUUUGUGGGAUUAUAGGGUGAUCUUGCCCAGUGAUGGUUCAUGGCUAGGUGGUUAGGAAGAUUAAUUUCUUUUGUGCAUGCAUGGGCAUCCAGUUGCCAUGUCAGGAGGGUGGAAUGUUUCAUCCUAGCAUCAUGCAUCAGAAAAUCCAGCGAAAGGAAUCGCUAAGUUCAGGAAGGGAUAACCGGAUAGCAGGAAAGGGGACAGGUUCUUGUUUGGUUUUGUCAUUGCAUGUAUAGAAAGCAUCGAGGAAUAUUUUAUGCAAGUUUCAAGUUAUUAUUUUCACCAAAUGCCUUGGAUAAAUGUCAGAUGGAUUUUCUUAUUGAACGUGUAACUAUCUCAAGCAAAGAAAAUGUAAAUCCAUGAUUGACUACAAGGUCAAAGGAAGCUGCUGCCUGAAAUUUGAACCACUUUGUGUCCCUUUUUGGGUAGAACAGACUACAUAGUGUUAUUUUGAUUACAUUUCUCCACUCUGACAAUAAUCUUUACCAUGUAUUUUAACUUCAAAACAGAUUGGUUCAUUGUAAGUGUGAUGAUAUAAUAAGGAUGAGACCUAUAGUGUUUAAUUCAGUCAACAUUGGAUGA